AUGGAGGGCUCUGAUCAGACUAGUGUGACUCCUGAAAAACUUCAACCGGAGGAGUGCAUGGCUAGGAAAAUUUUGAAAUUCACCGACGACGAAGCUAUCAGCUACGCAACAACAAGAGAGAACGUCAUUUCCGUCAUGAAUGGAAUCCAUCGGGAUCGCAUUGACAUGAAAAUAGUGCUUCAGCAAUUGGGAAAAACCGAUUACAUGAUCUUAUCAUCUCCAGAGACCCACUUCGCCGACCCCACCUACGACGAGAGUAUGGGGGUGGAAUUGAAAAUGGAAAAUUGUGUCAGUAUCGACACGCUGGUGAAGAAUGUGGGACAGAUCUUGAAGGGGAAGUUUUUACUUUGUCGAACGAUAACCGCGUCGAGCAAGAUGCAAGGAGUGGACGCUGGUGUGGAGGAUCUCGAAGGAGAGAAAGUCAUGCGACUGGCUCUCAACAAUUACUCGAUUGAUGCUAAAAUGGUCAAAUCUGAUUUCGAGGCGGUCCUCCCCUUGGGGACGGUGCUUAUCGUGAAGAAUCCCGUGUUUAAAAAGCCUUUUCCCCAAAUGCCUAGCUUUGGACUGGUUGUUGAUAAUCCGGCCGAUGUCGAGUUGCUGAGUCCAAAGAGAAUGGAAGCACUCUUUUCUGGUGUCCACUGGAAAUCAGAUCUGCCUCAGGAAUCUCGAGCCCUGUUCGAUUCUCCACUCGUUUGGGAAUUCCCUCCUGGCCAAAGUGACCUUGAGACUGCUACCAAACUGAAGAAUGUUGGAAACAAGGCUUUCGUCGAAAAUCGAGCAACUGAUGCCAUCAGAUUCUACGAUGUUGCCCUAGAAUACUUGCCUGGUUUUGAGGAGGAGAUGACUCCAGCAGCGUUGACACUCGUAGUGGACAUUCUGUCCAACAAGGCGGCCUGUCUGAUUAAAUUGGAAUGUUUUAAUCCAGCCUUAAUCUGCACUGGAAAAGUCCUUGAGAUCAACAAUGCUCAUGUCAAGGCGAUCUAUCGUCACGCCAAAGCUCUCAUUGGACUUGGACGGUACGCUGAAGGUGGCAAAUUUCUGGACGAAAAGCUGAACGAAUACCCAUCGCUUGGAGAAGAGAGUAAAGAUAUUCUCAGAUUGAGAUCGCUGAUUCCUGAACUGGGAAAACCACCCGGAAAAGAACUUAUCUGUGGGGUGCGAAGGCCUCCACCAAGAACGUCUGCCGGGCCUCAGCCACCUUUACCGGUCGAACUGGUUGACCGUAUCUCCGAAUUUCGGGGACCAGUUGAAAUCGGGAAGAGCAGCUUUGCCGAGGGCGAAGGAUUAUUUGCCACGCAAGAUCUCGAACCUGGAACAAUUCUCCUUGUUGGCAAACCCUUCGCCGGAGUGUAUGUUGACCCACAGGAGAAGCCAACAUUUUCAUUAAACACUGUCACUCACGAGUAUCUCGUCGGCGUUAUGGCAAACAAGAUCCGGCUGGAUCCCGAUCUUGGCCGAGACAUUUACAAACUGUGGGCUGGACCUGACCUCAAAUCUUUGACGGAUAAUGACGUAAACAUCACAAAGGUUGACAUUGCUCGAAUCCGAAAUAUUUGCAACAUUAACUACCGCGGACGCAACUCUGACCGCGCCGCAACUUUCAUUUCUUGCGGUGUUUGGAUCCCCCCGUCGAAAAUAAAUCACAGCUGUAUUGAUGUUAACGUUAUGUAUCAUCACCAUGAUAUCAGUCUUAUCAUGAUGGUCACUACUUUCAAAAAGGUGAAGAAAGGAGAAGAAAUUCUGGCGAGCUAUAUUGAAGCAUUGGAGCCGUUGGAAAGAAAAAAGUGCAUGGAAAUUAUGAGGUGUGUCUGCAAAUGUCGCCUAUGCGAACUGGACCGAACCCAUAUUGUCCCCAAAUUAAACCCAGCGACUUGGUGGCAAUCGCCGAACUGGAAAGUCUUCUUGCUUCCACGCCCGACCUGAAUUUGGCCUUAGUGAAUCCUCAAAUCCAUGUGAUUGUCGCCAUGAUAUUGGUAGAUGAAGGUCACUAUUCCGUGUGUUUGCCCAUCAUGGAGAAGAUUUACGCCGUCCUCAAGAACUUCGCAACCAACCAUCAGCAUCCUUCCCUUGUCGCAAGCAUUUUGGUUUGUUGUAUGGAAUUGAACAAGGAAAAGGCAGAGCUGGAAAAAUGGGUGGAAGAACUAAGGAAACAUUGCCGUCUUUAUGUCGGCACUUUGGAAUAUAUUCGUGAAGGAGCCUAUUCCACGCUUCCGGAGGAGUUGAAAGAAUUUGGGAUUGAAUACUUCACCGAUACUGAUUAAUUAGGGAAGCUAAACAUAUUUGAAUAAUAACAUUUUAAAUUUUCCUCGGCUAUUUCUACUUUUGUAAAAAAAAUGUAUAAAUUGGUAAAAUGCAGCAGCUAUAUUUUGUUCGGUGAAAUUAAAAAUUAAAAUAAAAUAUGUAGUCCAAAA